AUGACUAACACGAACAUAGUUAGAGAAGGCAACAGCGAGAUCAGUGGUAGCAGAGGUGGAGGAGAUGGUGACGUUAGUAGUUACGACGAUUUUGCGCUCCAGAACGAAAGUGAAGGCGAAGAGUUCAAGCGAAACUUUCGAGAAGACACAGGACGAGAGCUCAAAUCAGCCAGCUCCUUCUACAAACAUCAGUCAAGCGUAGAUAUAGACAAGGGCGACUCGCACGAAAAUAAUGCAGAUAUGCAGAUAGGCGAUCGGCUUGAAGUUUCGAGCAUCACAGCCCCGGAUUUUCGCGGUGGGGAGUGUCCUAUAGAUACGGAGAAUGUUGUCGACUCUAAUACAGUUAAAAAAGCGAAGACUCAAAUAAGAAGGUCCCCGUAUCGCAAAUUUCUAUCAACUCCGCCAAUGAGCUCGUCGAAGAUAAAUGUCGAACAAUCAACGUAA